AUGGCUGGAGUACAGAUCCUGGUGUUGGUGACCGUAGGCCUGGGCUCGGCCAGAGCAGGACCCGUCCCCACCUCCAAGCCUGCCACAGCCAGGAGGAGCUGCGACAUGGGCAGGUUCAAAUCUCUGUUGCCAAGCGAGCUGGGGGCCUUCAAGAAGGCCAAAGAUGCCUUGGAAAAUUCACUGAAAAACUGGACCUGCAGCACCCCCGUCUUCCCCAGAGCCCGGGACCUGAGACAGCUGCAGGUGUGGGAGCGCCCCGUGGCCUUGGAGGCGGAGCUGGCCCUGACUCUGAAGGUCCUGGGGACCAUGGCCGACUUGUCCCUGGGGGACGUCCUGGACCAGCCCCUUCACACGCUGAGCCUCAUUCACUCUCAACUCCAGGCCUGUGUCCCCGCUCAGCCCACAGCGGGCCCCAGGCCCCGGGGCCGCCUCCACCACUGGCUGCACCGGCUCCACGAGGCCCCGAGGAAGGAGUCUCAGGCCUGCCUCGAGGCCUCUGUCAUGUUCAAUCUCUUCCGCCUCCUCACCCGGGACCUGAAUUGUGUUGCCGGUGGCGACCUGUGCAUCUGA